GUAUCAGACGAGGGUUUGUUCCGCGGUGCUGGAGCUGUCGGCUCUGCCUGGCAGCCCCUCUGUCCCCAGUUACCCGACGCUUUGCCCAACUGCAACAACCCGAACCCCUCUGGCCCUCCACCCCACGGCUGGCCCUCCUGCGGGAACCAGCCGCCGGCUCCUGGGGGGUUCCCGACGUACCCCGGCUUGCCGGGCACCUAUCCUGGAGCACCGGGGCCAUAUCCAGGAGGACCAGGGCCAUAUCCAGGAGGACCAGGGCCGCAUCCUGCCCCAGGACAACCACCCAGUGGCCCUGGAUUUGGGCCCCCUCCUCCGCAUGGGGGGCCAGCUCCUCCGAUGAAACUCCCCUUCGAGCUGCCCCUGCAGGCAGGACUCCUCCCUCGGCUGCUCAUAACCAUCACAGGGACCGUCAACCACAACCCAACCAGGUUUUCACUGGAUUUCAAGAGGGGGAACGACAUUGCCUUCCACUUCAAUCCCCGCUUCAAGGAAGAAUGCAAGGAAGUCAUCGUCUGCAAUUCGAUGUUCCGUAAUCACUGGGGAAAGGAGGAGAGGACGGCUCCUGGGUUUCCAUUUGAAGCUGGAAAACCCUUCAAGCUCCAGAUCCUUUGCGAGGCGGAUCACUUCAAGGUGGCGGUCAACGGCGCCCACUUGCUGCAGUUCAGCUUCCGUGAGAAGAAGCUGAACGAGAUCACCAAGCUCUGCAUCGCUGGGGACAUCACCCUCACCAGCGUCGUGCCGACCAUGAUCUAA